AUGGCUCCCGUUGGAAACUGCCGCAGCCGAUCAAGUCGGUGGCAAGCUGGCGAAAGUGUCAGGUAUUUGGUUCCAUUGGUGCUGUGCGCUUUUUUCGUUAUCAGUGGGCUGUCGAGUUACGCUUUUUUUACAAACAAGUUCUCGAAGCUGGGCUGGACAACAAAAUUGUCUAGCCGCCAGCAAACAGUGCGACGAGUUGUGGCAGCGCCACCCGCUCAGACAGCACCUCCAGUCUCGGAACCUCCAGCCCGCAAGUCUCGCAGUGGCCAGUGGUUGGAGUGUCUGAUCCAACAUGCCUUGCAGAGUCAGGCACACAAGAAACACGCAGAGGUGUGGAUUCUUCGACGUGGUCACUUCAACUUCUUCCGAAGUAGGUUUCUGGCUCUCCGUGGCUUUCACGCGUGGAGUUCUAAAGCAGAACUGAAGUGCCGGGAACGCGGCAUGGACUCCGAAAUGCGCUGCGUGCAGUGUGUUCGCCUUCUGCACGGCGGUUUCUACGGACACAUGGGUGUGGCAGUUCCAGCACAUCCUCCGCAGAGAGCUGUCAUGGGUUGCUUGGGUCUCUCGCAGGUGUUGAACGUGACCUGUAACCCAGAGGACGAUCAGACCUGUGGCUCAUGGGAUGCGAAUCCCACGCGCCAGUUUGCCUUCUGCAACACCAUGAGUGUGAACUACGAAGACUUGAGCAGCGAGGAGCAGUAA